AACCGCGAGCCUAAGGUUGAGUGAGGAAGCGUCUCCACUUGCGCGGCCUUGGAGCGAGGCAGUCGCUCGACCCGAGGCUGUCUUUAGUGGAUACUCGAAUUUUAGUUGGUAAUUGAAGCUUAGUCACUGAAUAAAUAAUAUCACUACCGUAUAGAAAUGACACUUCCAAGAAAACCGAAGUUUGACAGCGAUCCAGGAACAAAUUAUGCUGUCCCUUUCUUAUGUAUGGCACUAUCUUAUCUGUGGUUGUGCACGUAAAGGUACGUCAAGUUGUGCCAACUCUGAUAAUUGCUCGGAGCAAUGCUGAGCUGAACGGAGCCGGGAAGCGCCGAAAGGCGAAGUGUCGCCCCACUGGUUUAGUAAGGGAUGUCAAUUUAAUUAAUCAGAAAUAUCUUUUUGUAUGUCACUUUAUUGCACAUACAUACAUGUAAUGUUCAAGAUACUUAAUAAUAACCCCCGUUUGGCCUAUUCUGAUAGAAUGGUAACUACGAAACCCUAUACUGAGCAUGGCCCGAUAUGCUCUUAGCCGAUUUUGGAAAACAGCUUUAAGUUGCAUAAGUCAUACCUACAUCCUUCGAGCAAACCGGCUUCCGACACGUCGGAAGUAUAGUACUUGUAACUCUUCGGGUAUUCUUAACAUUUGGUGCAUUCCGUCUGGACGGGCUUACCCUGGCCGCAGACGCAUGGAAUUUUCCGUCCCGAAUGACUAGCGUAAACGAGACAGCACUAUGAAUUUGUAGAGCGACGUCCCGUUCACACUUGUGAUUCCAUACAGACAUUGAAUGAAAAUUCCGUACGUCUUCGUCUUCCUACAUUCAGCAUUUCACACACCUUAGUUAAUUCAGUAACGGAUGACAGUGACGCAGCUCUGCGAUCUCAUUAUAUGUAUGAUGCGUCCCUGCCGUCACUUACUGAAGUUAAGUAAAGGACCAAAUACAUCCACACUUCCCUAUAUCGGGCCCGAACUCAGUCCCGAUUUCCGGCCUGAUAAUCGUUUUCCGUUGCAUGGAAUAACAGCACAUCGUUAACAAUCGGGUCAUAGCGAAUAUGGAUGUAACACGGAUGUAAUUGGCUCUAAAUUGGUCCAUUAAAGUUGUGUUACCUCCACAUGCUCCGUGUGCAAAUAUUAAUUCGGCCAGUGUGGUGUAAAUAAUGUACUCUGUGGUAGUGUAUUCAUGUCAAGUGCCAAGUUGACAAUCUGUUGUUUUCUCUUGGUCCUGUGGUUACUGUGGUUACAAGAGUAUUUUUACUCAUUGUCUUAAUAAUUCAUUAUUUAAGACAUUAUGUAAACAAAUUCUACACUGAAGAGUGUUGUCAUUCUACUAUUUCAGCGUCUGUGUAGUUAACAAACCGGUCCAAAUUGUCGCAAAUGUCCGUAUAAGGGUAGCAGUUGCCGACAGCAUGUCUGUAGAGUCGGUGCGUGUGAAGCAGGAGCCCUUGUGGGACGGCGUUGGCUCGUGCGCUCCGCGGGACGUAACUAGUCCAAGAAAUGACCAGGUCAACAUUAAGAAGGAAACAGAGUAUAUCGAUGAUGCAGAGUCUACGGAGCAGGCGCAAGUGAAGGAGGAGCCCUGGUGCCUCUUGUACGCCGACCAUGUGGUUAAAGAAGAGCUUGUGCUGGGGCCGGAAUGCAUGCAGCGACAGCACAUUGAUACAGCGGUUCAGAGCACACAAUCUGACGCCUCAGCGCAGAGGCACCCCGGCCGGCCGCAGCGCCCGCUGAGAGACUGCUUCGUACGACUGGACCGCCUUCCACAACACACUCUCUUCCACCAGCGGACUACCGAACUCAAAACGCAAACAAUUAUUAAUAAAAGAAAGUCACAUAGGAAUGUAUGUUCUGAUAAUGACAAGAAACUUAAAUGUGAUGUUUGCAGUAAAACGUUUACUCUGAAGACUGAUUUAAUGAAACAUCUCAUGGUCCAUAUCCUGAGCCUGGAGGAAGGAAACCAGCAGGGGCAUCUUAACAAGGAUGAAUCAAACUUCGUGAGAUUCAAGAGCAACGUCAUCGUUAUCAAAAAUCUUGCAUGUCCCGUUUCAAAACAGUGCGUAGCCAAGAACGUACCAUCCAAAGCUAAACAGACUACUUUACAACCGAACAUUGCCAUCGACACCUUUCCACAUACCUCUACGGCAAAUUCCUAUGUUUGCGAUACAUGUGGAAAAAUAUUUCUACAAAAACAUUGUCUAAUUAGCCAUUUUAAAGUGCACUUACGCGGAAAACAACUGUUAAAUUAUGCACAUAAAAUGCCGUGUCAGAGGCCUAAGCAGUUGAGUACUUUAAAGCUUAAGGGCGCGAAACUAGAAACCUGCGAAACGUGUAAAAAAGGCUUUAGUAAACCGAAUAAAUUAAAACGUCAUCAACGUAUUCACACAGGUGAAAAACCAUAUUGUUGUCAAAUAUGUCAAAAAAAGUUUACGACUAAUAAUAAUUUACAUAUACAUAUGCGGACGCAUACUCUGGAACAGCCUUAUUCUUGCGAUGUAUGUGAAAAGAAAUUUUCCCAAGCUAGCGCUUUAAAGACGCAUAAACGAGUACAUACUGGUGAAAAACCAUAUUUUUGCAAAUUAUGUAACAAAGCCUUCACGCAAUCGGGGCAUUUGAAGACACAUGAAAGAAUUCACACAGGAUUCAAACCGCACUCCUGCCCAAUUUGUAAGAAACAGUUUUCCGAAAACAGCAAAUUAGAGCUGCAUAAACUAAUACACACAGGAGCAAAACCGCGUUCAUGCGAAAUUUGCGGGAAAAAAUUCCGGCAAAUAGGUCAUUUAACUAGACAUAAACUCUCACAUACGGGCGAGAGACCAUAUUUCUGUGAAAUAUGCGAAAAGAGAUUUGGCGACAGUAGUCAAUUGAGACAACAUAAGCAAAUACACAAGGGAAUAAAACCUUACACAUGUGAAAUAUGUAAAAAGCAGUUCAGUGGAUCAGACAAUUUAAAGAAGCAUAUAAGAAUUCACACGGGCGUAAAGCCUUUUUCCUGUGAAGUAUGUCAAAAACGCUGUUCGGAAAAGGGUUCUUUAAAGACACACAUGCGAACCCACACUGGAGAGAAACCUUUCUUUUGCGAAAUAUGUCCAGAGCGGUUUACGUACUCUAGUAGUUUAAAGGCACAUAUGCGAUAUCAUACGCGGGAAAUGUUUUCUUGUGGAACCUGUUCAAAGCAAUGUUCAAGAUUGAACGAUUUAAAAAAACAUGAAAAAAUACACACAGGAGAGAAACGAUACUCGUGUGAUUUAUGUAAACGAAGAUUUACUGAGAAACAUUCUUUAGCGAGACAUAUCCGCACCCAUGAGAAUUCCCUCGGGAAGAAAAAACGAUCAUAAAGUACAAUCAAUUAUUCUCUUCAUAACACAGCUAAGAAAAAUUAGUUGGUAUGUCGAACAUUUAACAUCACAUCAUGUAAAUUACAAAAGUAAAAAUGUAGAAAUUAAAAAUUACUAAAACUAACUUUAAAUUCUCUGUGAGUGUUAUUUAAAACGUCAAACUCCUAUGAAAUUUUUAAUUUUAAAAUAACAUUUGUAUAGUCUGUGUUAUUAAAUUCGCUGCAGAGUUAGCUUGGUCUGAAUCUAUUCACAAUAAAUGCCCAUUAUCGAUAUUAUUAUAAUUAAAGUAUUAUAUUUCGA